AUGGUUAAAUGUCAGGAAUGUGGUCGAAGUGAUGAUUUUGAUUUUUAUAAAUAUUGUAUACCGUGCAACUCUGUACAUUUUCGUAAUAAUUUUGUACAUUGGACCAGUGGUGAUUCAAAUCUUGACAAAGUUAUUCAAAAUUCACAACUUAAUGCAACAUGUCCAUCAGAAUUAAUUGAAUGGAUUGAAUACUCAAACCUUGAAAAUAUUGAACUUAUUGCUCAUGGUGGGUUUGGGAGUGUUUAUAAAGCAAUUUGGAAAGAUGGUCCAAUCAAGGAUGACAAUGCUUGGGACUUUAAUAAAUCUAAAUGGCGACGGAAAAAUAAAAAGGAAGUAGCAGUAAAGAAAUUUCGGGAUACGACUAAUGUCAGCUCAGAUUUGUUGAAUGAGGUUAAUUUUAAUCUAAAAAUGAAUAAUGAGAAUGGUGGCAUUGAAACUAUUAGAAUUUAUGGAGUGACUCGUGAUCCGCAAAAUGGAGAAUACGCUAUUGUUAUUCAAUUCAAAAAUGGUGGUAAUCUAAGGAAAAUGAUUAAAGAACAUUACAGUAAUCUAACUUGGGAAACCAUCCUAGAAAUAUUAAGGAGAAUUAGCGAAGGACUGAAUUCUGUUCAUGAAUCAAAAUACUACCACAAGGAUCUCCACAGUGGCAACAUCUUGAAUAAAAUUUUAUUUGAUAAUACUGUUGGCGAAUCAGUAAUUUCAGAUUUUGGUCUGUGUCGUCCUAUGAAUCAAAGUUCUACAGACAAAACACCAUAUGGUAUCUUACCAUUCGUCGCACCAGAGGUUUUACGUGAAAAUGAAUUUACUGAAGCAGCAGAUAUUUAUGGAUUUGGGAUGAUAAUGUCAGAAUUGAUUAGCGGAGAAACACCUUUUGCUGAUAGAGAGUAUGAUGAGAAUUUGUUUUUGGCCAUUUGUUUUGGUGAACGUCCACAAAUUCCAGAAUAUACACCUGAACCAUAUGCUGAAUUAAUGAAACGUUGUUGGGAUCCUAUUCCUACCAAUCGACCAAAGACUGAGGAGUUGCAAGAAACGUUUGAUAAAUUAUUACAAGAUUUAGAUUUUAAUGAAUUUAAAUCUAUCGAGGAUGAAUUGAUCGAAGUUAAUGGUGAAUUUAAAUCUAUCGAGGAUGAAUUGAUCGAAGUUAAUGGUGAAUUUAAUGAUGAUGAAUCAAUUGAAAUUAGUGAGAGUGAGAGUGAAUCAAUUGAAAUUAGUGAGGAUGAAUCAAUUGAACUUAACGAAAACAAAUCAAGUAAACUUAGCGAGGAUCGCAAGCUACAAAUUAAGAAAGCAUUUAGCCGGGAAAGAGAAGAUAAAUGGAAAGCUCGAUUAGCAGAAUUGGCUACAAAUCCAAUACCUCUGAAAGAUUCACAAAAUUUGCUUACCAGUAAACGACUUGAUUAUUCACAAUCUCUUUCUCUAAAACUUAGCGUUGAAGACUGGAAAAAGUAA